AACUAAAACCUGGGUUCACAAAGCAACUACUCAUUUGUUACUCUUUAACGCUUAAAGGCAGCUCCUUUACCCUUCUUCAUCUCCAGCCUUCAUCUGCUUCUCCUUGACCCGAGCUUGAAAAUGGCAGCAAAGUAUAUAAUUGCUUCUGUUGCGGGAUCAUUUGCCAUUGCUUAUGUAUCUGAUCUGCUUGUUUCUGAUAGUAAGAUUUUUGGAGGGACCACGCCUUCCACUGUUUCAAACAAGGGAUGGUGGGAAGAAACUGACAAAAAAUUUCAGGCUUGGCCCCGCACAGCUGGUCCUCCAGUCGUGAUGAAUCCCAUCAGCCGCCAGAAUUUCAUCGUGAAGUCUGGUUCUGAAUCUUGAAGACCUAAGUCUUGCAUUUGGUUUUGUCAAUGAUUUCAGUUUUAAUUGCUACUCCCUGUGAAUAAAUUCUGGUGCCAGACUUUGUUUAGUCUGGCUUUGCAUUUGGAGGCAUUCUUUGUUCUUUUUACAAUUUUUGAACUCAAUCUGUCUAGAGGACGAUAUUGUUCAUGCUUGAUCUCAAUAAAUUUCUCUGAAGCAAUACCAAA